UUUGUGAAGACUUGUGCGAUUGUUUAAAAAGAAGUUCGAAAAUUGCACAUAAACAAACUUCACAAUUCAAACAGCCAAUGGAUCUAUUUUUUUCCUUGUAGAACAACAUUUGUGCAUGAAAUUUUCGCAAAAUUGACAAGUAUUUAUUAUUUAUUCGGAAGAAAUGGCUACGAACACAGAACUGGAAAGGCCAUGUACUUAUGAGUUUUCCAAAGGCUUUGGCACUGGUGCGGCAGAAGCGCUUGGAAACUGGGGCUUUUCUAACAGAACCUGUAGCGCCGGUCAAGAGUUACAACGUUUAAAAUGUCUCUUUGCAAAAAUGGAUUCUUUACGCAGCGCUGAUAAACCGAUGAUGUGUGUUAAAUACGAUCGUAGAUACGAUCCUGAAGCAUGGUAUGUUAAGCCUAGUCCUGAUGAAUGUAAACCAGCGUGGACAUUUCCUGUAAAGAGGCCUCUGAUUACUUACUGUUCGACCACUACAAUUUUGAAAGUUUCCAAUAUGCUUGAGAUCGGAGGGGACUUAAAGUUUCAUGCUCCUGGCCGCAGCUUUGUUCACCAGGGUACGGAUAAAUGGUAUCGUGGUUCAAACUGUUGUUAUCAACCUAGCUGUCUAGCUCCGCAAUGUCCUGUACGAUACUCUUGUGAAAGUUAAUUUUUAAAAUUUUUAUAUAAUUGUAAUCGUACUUAAUGGCAAUGAUAACGUCAAACUGAAUAUUUAUUUCUGAUUUUUUUCUAGUAAUAAAAUGUAAUAUUUGCGCAAUAUAUAUA